AUGAAAUACAGUGAGAUAUCCCAUUUCAGCCACCCGCAACACAAGCUGAGAUUUGAGUACUCAGAAUUCCCCUUCAAAUGUGAUGGCUGCAAGGAGGUAGGCAUAGGGUCGCGUUACAAAUGCUCCAUCUGUGACUUCGACCUUCACAUGCACUGUGCCAUGAUAACCUCCCCCACUUUGUUCCACCCUUUCUACACCAAAUGCACCUUCCAGUUCAUGUCGAAACCCCCAGGUGACACACCUCGUUACUGCAACGCAUGCGAGAAGGACGUGAGUGGGUUCGUGUACCACUGCAAAGCAUGCGGCUUUGACCUCCACCCUUGUUGUGCGAAGCUCCCAAUGGUCCUUGAUGACGGUGAAGUGAAGCUGUACUUGUACAGGAAAGUGAGUUCAUCCUGUCACCGUUGUGGGAGAAAGGGGCGAAGCUGGAGUUACAGGUCAAAGUGCAAGAAGUACAAUCUGCAUGUGGCGUGUGUGAGAGACAUGUUGGUGGAGAAUUGGCACGAGGUGUAUGUUGGACGGUGCAAAGGAAGGAAUGUGGAUAGCAACGUUCCUCGUCUGAAGAACACACUGUACACUCCUCACAACAGUAGUAGGAGUAAAGGGAAGGUGAAGAAGUGUUGUGAAAUUGCUGGUUUGGCUGUGCAGGUUGUGAUAUCAGCAGUGUUGGGAGAUCCAACGGCUCUCAUUGCAGGCAUUGUGGGGUCCUUCAUGUCCCGGGCUGCAACAUAA